AUGACAAUAUGCGGCACAAGUACAGGAGUGUUUUUAUCAUCAAUAUUAAAAGAUUUCUCAAAAAAUAUUAUGAUCGAUGGUGUUGUGGUUUGUUGUCUUUUCUUGGUAGUUGGUUAUCGACAAUAUUUACGUGAACAUCGUGUUGCCAAAAACUUAACAUAUCCUACAAUCGCACAAAUUUUACUUGUUGCAACAGCAUUAGGUCCUCGUCGAUUUGUUUACAGCCCUGAAGCAUCAAAAGUAAUUGAUAAUUAUUGUGAAACAUUAACUAAACAAGCAGAAGAGGCUACAUUAUCUCGAUUAAUAUCAUUUAUGGCAAAACAACCGACACAAAUAUUGCGUAUUAGUGCGUUAACUCAAAUUUUGGAAUUGAUACCGAUAAUCUUACAAAAUAUUAAUUUAAAACGUACAAAUGACGAUAAAUUUGGUUUAAAUAUUCGAUUAUACAGAGAAGUGACUGAUAGAAUUCAGCAAAUGUUUGGCUCACAAAUAAUUAUUACAGAAGCAUCUACUACUCGUGCUAUUUAUUUUCAUGGUUAUCUACUAGAACAAACUUUGAAAUUGUUUGAUACUAAUCCAUUGGAAAAAAUUAGGAAAAAUAACAUUACAUGGAUGGAAAAAAAUAUGGAUAUUACUAUUUGUCGAGAAAUUCUUAAAUUACCAGUAGUUAUCAUCACAAAGGAAAACUUUUAUUCAUCCAGCGAUUAUUUCAUCAUAACAAGUACAAAACGACCUAUUGAAUGUUUUGCAAAAAAAUUGCCUGAAAAUGAAGAUGAACAAGAAAAUCUUUGUGAAAAACUUAAAGUUUACAAUAUUGAACUAUCAGAAUACGUAUCAUUAUCAAGAUCUAUAGGAAUACAAGCACUGGAUAAAUUGAGUACUAUUGGAAUACAACUAUUUUCAAAACCACCUUAUAAUUCUUUAUAUGAUGUUACUUCUACAACAAAAAAUUCUUUAUCUAAUAAACCAUUAUCUUCAUCAAUCUCAAUCGAUUAUGCAACACGAACGACAACAAUACCUUUAACAACUAUGGAUCAAUGUAUAAAUAAUACUAAUCGAAAUGAAUCAGAAACAAGAAAUGUAGUGAGUUAUUUUCCUAUCCAACCUCUAGCUAGAUAUGAGUAUUGUACAUAG